AUGGCAUCGGCCCUCUUGUUCUGCAUCGGCUCCCUGGCGUCCUUCCUUGCCAAUCUGAUCUUCACCGUCUGGGCCGUGACCCGGCCGGGGAGCAACAUCCAGAAUGGCGUCGGGAUGCUCUCGGGCGUGACGUCGUGUUCGAGAGCAAAGAGCAUGAAUACGGGCAUCCAUGUGCUCAUCAACUUCUUCGGCACCAUCCUGCUCGCCGGCAGCAACUAUUACAUGCAGAUAUUCUCUGCCCCAACGCGAGAGCACAUCGACGAGGCCCAUCGCGAGUCGAGAUGGGUCGAAGUGGGUGUGCAGAGCGUGUGCAACGUUUUCCGCACUAUCUCGUCAGGGAACGCGCUGCUCUGGAUCCUGCUAUCGAUGUCAUCGCUCCCUCUCCACCUCUUCUUCCAUUUCGGUAAUUAUUCGCUCCCGCUGCUCGCCAUAUCAGGUGUGCUCCACUGGCUCAUCUCGCAGAGCAUCUUCGUCAUCUUUGUCGAAGUGUACCGGGACUGA